AUUGUUAACAUCAAUGAGGACAACUUUAAACAUUGCGACUGCCAGUAUCAGGAAGCAACCGAUUAACCACAUUAAAACAUGCCGCUUCAAAUAGAGCUGGAGCGUAGCCCGAAAGCUUAUUUAUGCAAUCCGAAUGUCGAUAUACCACUAGGGGAAAGAAAUAUGCGGGUUGAAGAUUGGUUGAACGACAAAAUCCAGACCACCGCGGAUAUGAACAACCUAUCGAGCUUAUUGGAGAAUGUAAAUGCGAAGCAAAAGCAAUUGGAAGAGCAAGUAAGUCACAAUAUCACCGUGAAUCUCACUCCACUAGCUAACAAGAACUCUACACAGUUGCGAGAUGCCACAACUAAGCUCGCAGAUGCCAAAAGAGCCGCCGCGAAUCACACUUCGUCGCUAGUCCAAAAAACUCAAGCCUUUGAGCGACAACAAGACGAUCUGCGAGCGCGAUUGAUGAUGCUUACAUCUUCAGAUACUCCAGAAGAAGCAGUGCGGCUCUUGGAGGGACCGAUGGAGAAACUACGACAAGUUGAGCUGGCCCAAGCAUACGUUCAAUUAUUGGAAGAUGUCGACGACAUGACCAAGGAAGCUCGCCAAAAUUUACCUGACAAUCCUACCGAGGCUUUGAAGCCAUAUGUGCGAUUGAAACAACUUGCAAUGGCUUUACAAGCAACUCAGAAUACCACAGAAGUUACUGCUCCUCAUCUCGUUGCCUAUGUGGAACAGACAGCGACUUAUUUAUGGGCACAAAUGGUCCAAAUCAUGGUCAAAGAAUUCCAGGAUGUACUCAAAACCUUGAAAUGGCCAGAUCUGGAUGUCGAAGUUUCUAGGGCAUGGCAAACAUGUUUUGGAAGACUAUUGGAUCUACAAGCUCCAGAAAUUAGAGAAGCUCGAGAACCUCUUAUACUUCUCCCUUUCGCUGUUCUAGUCAAAGAAAUUGAAUUGAAAUUUCGCUAUCACUUCAUGGGAACCACGCCAACGAGUGCCAGCAGUCUUGUAAGUUUUUAUCUAUUGUUCAGGAAUACGCUCUAACAAUAUCAGCUUGGAGAAUAUUACCUGAACUGGAUCCUCGAUGUCAUAGAUUCGCAUGAGUCUUAUCUUCGAGUUAAUGCUGGGCCUGUUUUGGCUGCACAUUUUUUGGGUAGUUCUCUGGCUGGUAACUCACUUUACAUAGACCCUGUAUCUGCCUUCAUCACAGCACUCUUGCCAUUAAUCAAAGACAAGACCGAAGUUGUUUUGAAGGAUAUCCAGCACGACCCUGUGCACUUGACUAAAUUUAUAGGCCAAUUAAUGAUUUGGGAUGAGAGUGUUCGAAGCAAGUAUAAGUAUGAUGGCGGGAACAUUGAAUUCGGCUGGGUUGGCGUGACUUGGCAUGUCCUAGAUAAAUGGUUCACUCCCUGGUUAGAAGCUGAGGAGAGAUUCGCCUUGCAGAGAUAUGAAGAAAUAAUGCAGUCGAAAGAUAAUGGGAAUAUUGACUACGACAGCAACGAAUCGCAGAAGACUAAAACUACCUUUGGGGCUUCAAAGGUUACUGAUCUCCUGAAGACCAUUACAACACAGUAUAAAGACCUGCGAAGAGUCUCGCACAAAGUUCGAUUCUUCCUCAAUACUCAAAUCGCAGUACUUGAUAGAUAUCAAAUUCGUUUAUCCGAAUCUUUAGACGCCUAUAUAUCUCUAACCUCAACUGUCGGUCGUAUUGCCACAGGCGCCACCAAAGAGCAGCAACGGUCUGUCGAGGGAAUGGCAGGGCUCGUUAGUCUUUGCAAAGUUUUUGGUAGUGCAGAUCAUAUUAUCUCGACUCUCGAGUCUCUAGCCUAUGAAAUGGUUAGCAUCUCUAUCAUUCGCUACAAUAGUAUAAUGUCAAGUACUAAUAUGUGAUUAGUUCUUCGUUGAAUUAUAUUUUCAGUUGGAUGAUAGGGCACGAAACGUACAUCCUGAAAGCGCUAUCGCUGGCCCUAUCACAUGUUCGCAACUUCAGUUAUCUACUUCUCUUAAGCUAGGCACGGGUGAGGGAACAAUUUUUGAUACAGCGAUCCACGGCUUCAAGAAGAUAAGGAGCAACGCGGGAGACCUUCUGCAACGAGCGAUUAAAUAUCCAAUUCCAGCCGAUUUUAGAGCCUAUUUUACUCAAGCGCAAUGGACUACAGUUGGUCAAGAUUCUCAAUCUAGUAAGUAAGCCUUCAUUUAUCCUACAAGCAUUUUACUAAUUAGGUUUAGUUGCACAUUAUACGUCGUCUUUGACGAUUUCAGCCGAGCUUGAUCAACCUCUUCAGGUGAGUGCGUUCCUGUCUCGCAAACUGCACCAGCAUUAACAUCCUCGUUAGGUAAUGAAAGAGAAAAUGGCCUAUCUGGAGAAAACCAUUUCUUAUCCUGCAUUUGUGCGAAUUUGGCGCCAUGCAAUCUCAGCUCUCGAAGACUUGCUAUUCAACGAAGUCCUCUUCAAACAGGAUUUCACAACAUUAGGCGCAGCUCGCUUUGCCCAGGACCUGAAAGGAAUCCAAAGCAUCAUUGGCGCAUAUAUACCGCUAGAGAACACGGUAUUCAUGAUGCCACGGCUUAUGGAAGGUAUUGCUUUGCUAAAUCUACCCAUAGAGGUAUCAGAUUCGGAAGCGUUGUCUCUUUCUGAAGCAGCGGAGAAAAUAUAUGCUGGUAGGGAGGAAUGCGAGGAGGUUCUUGCUAAGUUGCAUAUGAAGAUGUUAGAUAACCCUACGGCGAGACAGAUCAUCCUGCGAAGAGUAGAGGCAAACGAAUAGAGUAAGGGAUGGGAAUGUGGAUAGAAUAUAAUUUAUGACAUGACUAUCGGUUCACAUCAUUACUUCGGUUGUUAAAAGUUUAAAUUCUAUGUAUAUUCUUCUUUGAUAUGUAUAUAAUUAUCAUUAACAUAUUUCGCUGUUCUUAUUCAAGCGGACGAUUGA